AUGAAAGUCAUACUGACAACAGGCCUUUCAGCCUCUGCAACAGCAGCAACAACGGCAACCACGUUCUCCAAGGUCCUGCACCCAGGACCCUUCACCAACAUCUCCUCGCCCGUUGUGCCAACGGUCGUUUCAGGCGUGGCAAUUUCGAGCAAAGGAAUUGUCGCUUCUACUGGUGUUAUCGUUGCGACUGGACAAUCCACAACGGUGGUUAUUGCGAGUGGCAGUCGCACCAUGAGCAAGGGCUCGCUCCUGCUAAGUGUGCUUGGCUCUGUGAUAGCAGCCUUGCUAAUGUAG